AUGUCCCCAUAUGACUCUCAAACUUACUUUGCAGGGAAUGAUACUUUCACACAUAAAACAAUAAAUCCGCUGCUAUCAAAAGUCGGAGAUUUCACCCCGUUCUACAUAGCUAUAGCGAUUAGUUCAGUAAUACUGGGAUUUAUACUCAUACUUAACUUUGUUUGUUGCUGUUCAAGAUAUUCUGAUUACUGGCUUGAUAGACACACAGGUAAUCGUUGGAUAGUCUCCAUCUGGUCUACCACACCUCACAAGCAGCCACCCCUUGAUUUCACUGAGCUCGAGAACGAAUUUGUACCUGUUCAAUACACUGCAUAUCAUCCGGAGGAGUAUCAGGAGGUCCAUAAACACGAUAUUGAAGUUGCCCCAUCAAUCUCAAGACAACCUCUCACCUCAUCCCACGAAUAUUUAGACCUGCAUAAAAGAGAAAGUGAUAUUUAA